AUGCAGCACGUAGACGCAUUCAGUAGAUGCCAUGCCAUUUUAGUUUUAGAGUCUAACUCAUUCGAACAGGUGCUCGCCCUUAGGCAAAAUACAGACGAUGACAUUAUUAAAAUUAGGGACGAGUUAUUAACGAAAGAUAGUAAAUUAUUUGAGUUACGCAAUGGACUGGUAUACAGAAAAGAAAAUAAAAAUGUAAAAUUUUAUGUACCUAAGUCUAUGGAGUCAAACGUCAUACGAACGUGCCACGACGAUAUGGCACAUGUUGGCUUAUUGAAAGUUAUCGAAAACAUUUCGCGCGUAUACUGGUUCCCAGACAUGAAAACAAAGGUACGCGAUUAUGUCAAUAAUUGUUUAAAAUGUAUCGAAUUCACAGUUCCUAGUGGUAAAAAAGAAGGUUUUCUUAAUUAUAUUCCGAAGGGGGAUAAACCGUUUUUAACAAUACACGUAGAUCACCUGGGUCCCCUGGAGAAAACGGGAAACCGAAACAAGUUCAUUUUUGUCGUAAUUGACGCAUUCACAAAAUUCGUUAAAUUAUAUCCAUGUCGUAGUACAAAAACGGAAGAGGUAAUAAAACAUUUGCGUAAUUAUUUUCAAACAUAUUCGAAGCCACGGAAAAUAAUUAGUGACCGUGGCACGUCUUUUACGUCCGCAGCAUUUAAACAAUUUUUGGAAGACGAAUCUGUAAAUUUAGUGUUAGUCGCCGCAGGAACACCUAGGGCUAACGGCCAGGUGGAAAUCGUCAAUAAAUCUGUCGUACCCAUGUUAGCAAAAUUAUCUGAGUCUACGAAUAAAUGGGACAGAGUAUUAAAUGUAGUUGAGUUUGCAAUUAAUAAUACCAUACAUAGGUCAACUGGUCAGAGUCCGAGUGUUCUGUUAUUUGGAGUAAACCAGGUUGGCAUAGUGAACGACGAGAUAAGGCUAAUAUUAGAUAAUGAAAUAAAUACGAGUUGUGUAGACCUAGAGGAAGUGAGAACAAUAGCCGCCGAAUGCAUAGAGAAAGCACAGGAGGGUAACGCAGCUCAAUAUAACUCAAAACGGAAAACUCCGACAAUUUACAAAGAGAAUGAUUAUGUAAUGAUUACUAACGUAGAUGUGACGGUAGGUCAUAACAAGAAAUUAAUACCUAAGUUCCGUGGUCCGUAUGUAGUACGUAAGGUUUUGAACCACGACAGAUAUGUUAUCGGUGAUAUAGAUGGAUUUCAGGUAACACAACGUCCAUUCGAGACUAUCGUUGGUCCGGACAGAAUGAAAAUGUGGAUCAAGUUCUAA